AUGGAGGAUAGUGUGACGAUUAGCGCGUCGGUGGCCGUGCGCAGCGUCCGCGACACCGAGCAGGGCGUCUACGAGUACCUGGAAGAACAGCAUCCACUUCCGUCGUACCCUGAGCGAACGCUGGCGCUUCCCGUCCGUCUACGUGGCUGGCUAUGGCGCCGCGAGGGCUUUGGAAUUUUCCGCCGCUACCGCCGCCGCUUUUGCGUAUUUAAGGCGCAGCAGGCAACGCUCUUCGUCUUCUCUGAUGACGACACGGUUAAUGGGAAGCAGUUGCGCCGCCUGGUGCUCACCAAAGCGACGCUUACGAGUCGUGCAGACCGCAGCUUCGUGGUGCAGGGCUACCUACAGGAUCGAGAUCUGCACAUGGAAGCGUCAGACUCAUUAGCGAGCAGCCUAAGUCGGAGUCGAUUUCCUGGAGAUAAACAGAGGCUUUAUUCUACAGGGGAGGAGCGCUUCAAGGCUGUGUCAGCCAAGGCCUGCAGCGUCUGGACGCACUGCUUCAAAUACCACAUGAAGAGCUACGCGCUGAGGAAGCCAGACGUGGAUCAGGAAGAGGAACAUGCUGCGGUGAUAGAUCCGGAUUUUGUGUUUGAAGACGCUACAAAAAGUGGCAAAAGACGCAAUACGCUACCGAUCCCCAGUAACAGUUUCAAGAGCUUUAGUAGCAGCAGCGGACUGCUCUCGACUUCCCGAUCGAGAAGCAGAAGCAAAGGGAGAUUGGUGGUCCAGAGGAGAGAGAGCUUGGGAGGGCACGGCAGUGACGCGCCCAAGUCAGCCCCACCUCAUCUUCAAGUGGUGACGGAGUUAUCGCAGAAUCAGGACGAGGACGUAGAGGAAGAAACAUCGAUCUUGGCGUCGGAUCUUCCUUGCAUCACGCGCAUUUGGGAGGACGAAGAGCUGCUUUCUCAUCGUAUUGACUACGACACGAUCGUCAAGAAAGAAAAACUGGCUGCUGGUGCGAAUGGCGAGGUGUGGCGUGCAAUGCACCGCUCGCAGGAGGUGGUGGUGAAGAACCUACUGGGAGAAGUCAUGGCAGGUUCCAAGACCCCGACCUCGUCCAGUGGGAACGAGGUCUCUGCAGUCUACCAUCGACGCCGCGCCAUUCUGGAAUUUGUGGAGGAGAUUCGCAUAAUGUCGCGGCUAGAACACAAUCGAAUUGUCGAGUUCCGGGGUGUAGCGCUGAGCGCGGAGCGUGAUCUGCUGCUGGUUCUGGAGUAUUUGCCUCGAGGCGAUCUGCGGACUUUUCUGAAUACUGUCAAGCGCAGUGGAGAUAAUUCCACGAGCGCGUCUGGGGGGUCCAGUGGGCGAUACCUCAGUAUCUGGACGUGGACGAAAUCGCAAUGGCGUCUGGCUAUUGACAUUAUUGAGGGCCUCGUCUAUCUGCACUCGCUGAAUCCGCCUCUGGUGCAUGGGGACGUGAAGUCUGCCAACGUUUUAUUACGUAGCAACCUUCGUGCCAAGCUGACGGACUUUGGUCUCUCACGUUAUCUUCCAUGCGAGGAUGACAGCUUACGGUCGGCUGACGCAGCUACAGAAGGAGGAGAGAAGAAUCCCACUACCGGUACUACCGACAAAUCGUCUCGUUGUGGUCCUCGAGUACGUGGUACAGGACGCUGGAUGGCUCCAGAGCUGUUGGCGAGUGGGGAUCAGUCGUCUGUGGCCUCGGAUGUGUAUGCUUUUGGCGUUGUUUUAUCAGAGAUCGACACGUGCGACUUGCCGUUCACUGAGCGAGAGAAACUGACAGCACGGUCCCACACCAACGCUGGCGAAGGAAGCAGUGAAGACAGCGACUCGCGCUUGAUGAACGAGAACAUAAUUGUCCACAAGAUUGCAGCCGAAGGUUGGAAGCCUACGUUCCGCGUUACGUGUCCGGAGGUUAUUAAAAAGCUGGCGCAGGACUGUUUGUUGCCAGACCCGAGCGCACGCCCAACGUCGCUUGCAGUGGCGCACCGACUCCGACAGGCUGCCACGAAGCGCGAGCGUCCAGAAGCUCUCGCCGCGCAGGCCAAAGCCACUACGUCGCUGCGUAUCCGCUGA